UCAUGGGUUAAAAGUCCACAUAUGUUUCAUAUACAUAGAGAAAUAUAGUACAUUUAUAUCCACAUAUUUGUUUUUGAUUAAAUAACUAAAUGUUUUUAUGAUGGAUAGUGUUUAAGUGUGUGUUCGCUGGAUUUUAGUUUGAAAUCUUAGAUUAACAACACUCCGACAUAGAUCUGAACUUCAACGUAGUAUAAAAAUGAAGAUUUUAACCGGUAUUUCGUUGGUGCUGUGUCUACCAUAUGUUUCUUGCGAUAUGUAUUGCCCACCCUUCGAUGGGACAAAUACAGGUCCGCCAUUGCCCGACAUCCCGGACCAAUAUUCGACAACGAUUGAGGCCACGCUUGUUGAAGCCAACAUGACAGUUACAGGAUACGAAUAUUUCGACAACCCGGGAAACAGAGCUACUCUCAAGGUCGAAGCCACAGAUAUCCUCUAUACUAUCGUGUUUGACUACGCUAACGAGCAGUUGUUCUACGUUGACCAUGGACAGUGUACUAUGCACAAUCUGACUGGCGACAACAACAAUAUACUGUUUGGAAAUGUAACCGGACCUAAAGGAGGCUUCCACACAUUCACAGCGGGUGGUGCUCUACAUUUCGCUAAACAAUUUGGCGAGAAAUACAUGGGAAGAGAAGUUGUUCGAGGUAUACAAUGUGAUAGGUGGCGAAGUUGUUUGUAUUGGCCGCAGUUGAGGGCCAACUUCACACUGGAUUAUUACUUUACAGCUUUAAAUUGGAGCGAUCCUGUUGGCUACCCACAGAUCCCGGUUCGAGCACUGGCUACUGGCGUGUUUGUGAAUAAAUUAGGCGUUACCAAAAACUUCACGCAUUAUUAUGAUUAUAUUGACUUCAGGACAUCAAUUCAAGAUGUUACAGUGUUUGAGACACCUAAAGGAGUUGUAUGCCCACGGAAGGUUACAAAACCAGUACCCAAGUUGAUGGCCUACUACCAUUAUAGACAGGAAAUUAUACAAGGUGGAAACAAUAAAAUAUUCCAAGCAGACGUAUGGUAUGACAAGGAGUAUCGAUACAUUCGGUAUGAUUAUCGGACAGCAAGUGAAGUGGCGCCACUUUUCACCGCCAGUCCGAUCACAGAGAUACACGAUUACAACUAUGGUAUUCGCUACACAAAAGAUCAAGUGACAGGCCGGUGUGUGUCGUCUGCUAUUGCUAACUCAUCAUUCGAUGUAGCGGAAAAUACGACCAUCUACAACCAGAGCGGCUCCUAUGUCAUCCAUAUGAAGGACCCGAUGCAACUUUUCUAUUUGGACAGUAGUUAUGCUUAUACUGGACAGAGGGUUGCUCGUGGACUGCAGUGUAAUGUAUUCACAUCACGCCGGAGUGACUAUCCUAUACCCGGGGUAGGAAGAGUCAGUGCUAUAUUUGAGUACUACUUUCUAGCGGACGGUUUUAAAGAAGAGCCGGAUGAUGGUUCCACGACACCGAGUGACGUACCGGUCUACCUAGAAGUCACAGUUCCUAGCAUAAAUUAUCACGUAAUGUAUAACUUUGUGGAUUUUGACGAGGAACAUCCGGAUAUUUCAAUCUUUGACGUGUCAACUUGCUACUCGGAAUCAUCUAAACUGCAGUUCCAGGUUCGAUUUCCCGGAUCAUACAAGUCCGGUACAUCUGGACAAAUUAUUUCCAACUCUCAAAGAUUCUUCCGUGAAAUAAUGAAUGUGAACCCUAUACGUGUACAAGAUGUGCGUCUAGACUACGACAAUUCCCAGAUCUACGUCUCCGCAACACUGAUAGAUAGAUCGCCCUACGAAGCACAAUUUACUUACUUGGCUGGGAAAGAAAUCGAGAAGCAUGAUGACAGAGUAAUUUCGGAUUCUAACGCGCCUAACAUCACGGAGUGUGCGAGACUUUGCGUGACCAACAAAAACUUUGUCUGCAACAGUUACGACUUUUGUCCCCUCGAUCCACAAGGUAUAUGUCGGCUCAGUAAACUGCACAUUGGCGAUGGCACAGCUGUUGUUAUCAACAGUACUUGCGACCAUUUCUCUCGUACAGUAAAUGGACCAGCUGUCCCGGAGCCAUCUAUCAAUACCGCCUAUUCUCUGCUACAAACUGCAGUGUAUAGCGGGCAACUUCAAAUCUUUGUUCCUCUUGCCGGAGUAAAUACGGUCACGUAUACUGCAGUGGACGUCAGUGUAACAUUUGGUUGGCUGUCUCCUAAACCGAUACCUAAACUCUCUGGACAAUUCUCCUACCAUGAGGAAAUCACGAUACCCAAUCUGAAAGCUGUCUUUAACACACAUAUUUAUUACGAUUCGGACUUCAAACUUGUGCGCUAUGAUUUAGUAAACACACAGCCGAGUCCGCCUUUGUUUACAGUGGACCCUAUAUCAACAAUUCACGAUUACAGUUCAGGUUUGUCAUAUACCCUUGACAAGAAGGAAGGAAAUUGCACGAUUGCGCCCAUCACGAAUAAUUCAUUCGACGUCGGUUCAACGCAUAACGCUGGAUUCGUACUCAAAAUGAAGAGCCCUAUAGAUUUAUUCUAUCUGAAUGGGACAUACCGAUACGCUGGACAGCGCACAAUUCGAGGUAUUCUUUGUGAUGUGUUUGAAGACAGACGCACGGACUUUAGGUAUGGGGCGAAUCCUCUACCACAACCUGCAGUCUUCCAGUUUUACUUCAUGUCUAAUGAUUGGCAAGAAAUGUCAGAAGAUGAUGGUACUGCAGUCAACUCUCAGCCGAUCGCUCUCAUAGUCAGCUCCUCCGUUGGGAAGUACACUUUGACCUAUAAUUUCUAUGACUUCAGCGAGCAGCACCCAGAUCUGUCUAACUUUGACAUCCGACCAUGUUACGUAGGCAACCAACUACGCCAUUUUCUGAUUAAAUUUCAAGGUAACCAUAGCAACGAUAUGAUGAUCACAUCAUUCGCAUAA